GUCUCGCUCAACCGAAGAGCUGAAAGAUUUGCAAACUUAAAGAGCAACAAAAAUUACGUACAGUUUAAACUGAAUAACUCUUCGAAGAAAAGGUAAGUCUUCACUAUUAUCCAUGGCAACGUGAAAUUGUUAGCGAUUUUUCUACAUCAACAGCGAAAAUUUUCUGACAAUAAUCUUUUUCGCAAAUUUUCUGACCAGUUGAAAGCAAUUCAGGGCUUAGUAUAUGCACGAAAAGGUACAAUUCAGUAGAUUUAUAAUAACUAUUCUCUUUUUCUAAGGAUUGUUCAGUUUGAACAUAACACAUUAGAUAGAAUAACCUGGGGCAAACAGAAUGAACAUAGUGAAAUAUUUGUGACAGUUAUCAUCCCUAUUAGUUGCAUAAUGUUUGAAGUUUGACUGAAAACGUUGUAAAAAAAAUAAUAUCUUUAGGCUGUUAACCUGUUAUGUUUUUAAACCUUGCCUCUUGUCGAUAUGCCUUAUAAUUUUGCCGUUUUUCCUCUAUUUCCCGAAGUAAAUUUGUCCUAAAAUUUUCGGACGGAAACAUUUUCGGAUUUGCACAUUUCUUUGUCCGAAAGUUUAUCCGUCCAAACAUUUUUAGCGUUCGUUAAAUAUGCAUAAUGAAACGGAAAAAGUAAGGUAAGAAUCAGUACUAUGAACCGAAACUUUCAUUCUGUUCACUUGGAGAUAAUAUUGGCAUUAAAUGUACUGAUUUACUCGGCUGCCCUGUCGGCUCUGUUUAGAGGGCAAUUGCACGCUUACAAGCUAGGAAAAGACGAGACAAAACAUCGCAGAAGGCCAGCCAUGCAAGACAUUUACUUGGGUUUCUCGGGCACCAAGGUUUUACUUACAAAUGAUAAACUUAGAUCUAGCAUUUGAGGAGAAAGGAGCUGAGCGCAUAAUACAACUUUUCGUUUUCAUAACGGCCAGAUAAUGUUAUGGACGCAAAAUGAAUUUCAAAACUGUAAUUGUUUGGCCCACUGUCGCGUCAUUGUCGGUACCUCUGUCUUUAAAACAACAGAGUAUACUUCCAUCAAAAGCAUUAGUCUGUGCGCAUUAAGUCCAAAAUGACAGAGAGACUAUAUUUGUCAGCUGUUUGAUUAAAGACCUUUCAAAGUAGUAUUUUCGUGUGGUAAUUUUUAAAACUCGAAUAUGUAUGGCUCUAUAUGGAUCAAAGGUUGAAAUUUCAUUAACAGCCGAUUAAGUUUCUUUUGCUUCCUGAGUAAUGUACCGGUAGAAAAAUGCUUGUUUCUAAAGCUGAAACUUGCCCAUGAAUAUAGCAGGAUCAUUCAAAGACACUGUUACAUAGGUUUCGUGUAAAAAAGAUCUCAAGCACUCAUUUCCCGUCGCGGUAUACUAUUGUUCAUUAUGCUGUUCUAAAUGAUUUAAAAUCUUGUAUCCUUUGAUAAAACUAUCGAAGUAGGUUGUUGUCAGUCAAAAUUAAUGAACGCUACUACCCAAUCGGAGUAUCAGUUAUCGCAGAAUUCCAUCGAUCCUGAUCAGAUUCAUCUCGGGUUGUUCGCAACGCAAACAGAUUCAUAAUAUUUAUCAGUUGAAAGCACUUUCACACUUUCUUCCACUGGAUUAGCUAAUUACGAUGUUUGUUAUCAAUACAAUUUUGUUUUUAGUAGUGCGAGUAACACACAGCAAUUAAUGAUGAUGUCCUUGAUGGCGGAAGUGUGCUUGUUGUCUCUGCAAUGAAGAAGGCGCCUUUUGGGUCCAGUUUUGAUUGUCAAUUGUUUUGAUGCGAAAUGUAUAUUUUUUCUUAGUUUUCUUAGUUCAACUGCGUCUCAAGAGACAAGUAACUUGUGCGAAUUUCUAUAAACCGCGCUCGUGUGUAUGGUGUAUAGUGUAUUGUGUAAUUGUUUCACAAAGUGAUUACCAAGAUAAGAUUUGCAUAUUCAAUACAAUGAAAACCGCUUUCAGGGUUUAAUGAACUUUUCAGUGGAAAAUACAUGUUAUGAAAUGAUCAAAACUGAUUCUUAGUAUAAUUUGUAAAUUGAUAAGGGUUUUUAGCUGACCUGACCAUUUCAUAAACCUAAAAUAGAAAAUUUUAUAUUUUCGAUAGCUAUCAUGUGGAUGAUAUAACUAAUGAGAGAAAAAGACAAACUAUAAUAAAAAUGCGAUUAAAAUGACACUGCACGUUCCCCGACUAAUCGGGCAUGCAGCCAAGAUGUAUACAGUUUUGAUAAAUGAAAAACUUUCAUAUCAAAAGGACUCUUUCAAAUUCAACGAAAUCUGCUUCACUCAUCAGUUAUAUUAAAUGAUUUUUUUACUCGCAAGAAUUUUACAGUUAUUGGGCAUCUGAUAAGUGAUGAGAUCGAGUCCUUCUACAGUGUAUCUCUUGUUAUAAAAUAGUAAUAGUUCUCCCUAUCGACAACUAGGAAACAUAAUAGUGAUUAAGAAGUGCUAGGCUGUGCUGUGCUAAAUUUGAAUUAAACGGGCUAAACUGAUUGUGCUCAUCCGUCGAUGUUUCUUUUUAAUUUGUUUAGAGCUUCUCUCACUCGAUGUAAACGUUGAAAAAAUACAAAGACGCAAAAUACAUACUAUUUUUCAAUUAUACAAUGAUUCGCCGGCGGACUAGGCAUCUCCACAUCAGUAUCUCUUGUUGAAUAGGCUCGUGUAAAGUUAGCAUAAGUUCAGUAGAAGUGGAAAAAGCUGUUAUUGCAUUGGUUAUUCACCGGUCCAAGGGAAAAAUGUCCGUCAAUUGGAACCCGGUAAGUCCUACAUGCAUCCAUCAUUCUUCCCUCUUUGUGGUCAUCGUCUACAAUGAGCAUACCUUUUUUCCAAAUGCUACAUGUGGCAAAAUUUUACGCGUAUAUGCGACUCAAACCUUGCCUUUGGUAAGGAAAAUUGUCUACAAAUGCGUCAGAUGGGCAGACAAGUAUACUGUUGGUCUACCGCGUAAGCCAAUACUUUGCCUUAUCACUCCGGAAAUGGUGGGUGGUAAGUGUAUUUGACACUUCUCUGACGUAUCCUUUUGUGAUGCAAGCUCACGGUGAUCCUGUGCCGUUAAAAUGAAGGAUUUGGACUGCUUAACUGUUAAAAAGCUCUUAAGCUCGUCAAAAACAGUUGUUUGCAUGCUUGCUUACAUACUUAGGCGGUUCAUGAAGUAAAAUCACAUGCAGUAAGUGAAGCCAAAAGCUGCCAGUGAAGUGAAGCAAAUGCUUGUGCCGUACAGAACUUGUUUCACGCCAAGAGAAUACUGAAUUUAUACUUGCUGUGUCUUUUCCAUAAAAGAGGUGAGCUUCAUGAUCUAAACUUGAAUAGACUUUGGAAUUAAAUGCAAAAAGACGUUUUUGAUAUCUUAACCGUCAAGAUAAUUCAACGACAAGUAGAUUUUUCAAGUUUACUUAGGACGUUUUAUGUUGUUAGUAGCAUGUUUUACAGGUACACACACACAGUAGAUCAUCAGGUCAGUUUAGAUAAAUGUAUGAGUAUCUAUCACAAGUCAAGGAAGGAUCAAAGGCUCUCCACUUAAAAACUGUAUUUUUAUUUAUUUAUUUAUUUUUUUGCAUAUGAGAGAUCAUCAUUGAAAGUGGCCCGUGCUUAGUUUAAUAGUACGUGGUGUGAAUAUUAUUCAUUGCAUGUUAUACUCUAUUGAGCCAGGAAUUUGCUCUAAUCUUGUCUCAAACACAGAGAAAUAUUUUCCAAAUACGUAUCAGUGCAAGAUAAUUAUAUUUGCAAAAUGACGGAUUAUUUCUAAGGUGAAGCUGUUGGCAAAAACGUAAAAUGGAAACGUCUAGACUUGAAAAGGGAAACAUCGAGAUCGUAUUCUUACGUAAUUUUGAGUGUUUUCGUCAGUAUCCUGUAUUUGUUAUUCAAAUCAAGCAACAAACAACUCUGGUGACGUCAUGAACGGGUGAUAUGGAUUUUUAAUCAGUCAUGUAGAAAAAGAGGAAUAACUUACUCCGGCCAUUAAAAAAGUAAUUUUUUACGCUGGUAAUCCUUGUUUACAAAAUGAAAUGAUUAAAUACAGGAAUAAAUAAGAAAAGAACGAUCAAAUGAAGUGAUAAAAAUAUCACCGCAUUUGUAGAUAAGGUUUAUACGAAAAUCUUAGCGCUCAGCUCCCCAGUGAAAUAUAUUGUGAAAUUAUAAGCUGAAAUUUCUUAUUCUUUCUCUUUUUAUCGUUUAACAAGACUGAAAGAAGUAUGUAUGUCAGCUGCUCUAUCAGUCUGUCUGUCUGUGUGACUGUGAGUCCGUCAGCUGGUCGGUCAGAAAGAAAACCAAUGGGUUUGAACCCAUGGAAAACAACCAAGCGAAUACGGUCGAUCCUUUAGAAGAAAGACGGUCUUCGUAAAAACCCAUUUGAAAACAAUUUGGCAUAAAUACCACGCGUGAUAUUUCGGUUGAUCCGAGCAGUUAGGCGAGUCAAAUUUGACAAUUUUUGAAAUUUUUUUUAUGCCAAAAGAUGCUAUUAUUUGUUUAUACUACUACCCACAAAAGGUUUGUAAUUUUCACUUGUAGGUAUUUCAAAUUAAGCUGAAAUACCACUACUCUGAGCCAAUCAAAUUGCAGAAAUUUCUCAUGUAGUAGUAUAAACUCUUUUAUUCCAGAUCAGUGCAACCCAAAUAAAGCGACGUUAUGUCUGAUUAUGAGCGGACUCGACACUUCCGUUCCCAUUCCCUGAAGCCACUUAAGCAGCCUAGCCUGCUUACCCAGCGUUCAAAACGAACCUUAAGCCUUCCCACCAAGCCCGUCAUUCCACCACUCAUUCAUGUUCAACGUUACUAUGACAACUGGGAAAGCUUCAGCGACGAUGAUGAGAUGAACGGAGUGACAGAAGAGGAGGCUAUGGGUAGGUGUUUUUAAAAUCACUGUCGCUAGUUUGUAGUGAUAACCUGCCCAUCACAUGAAGCGUUUACAAUAAAAUGACAACUCAAUGAAAUUUUAAGGAAAAUUUCACUUCUUUUUUUAGCUCCCCCCCCUCCCCGCAAAAAAAAAAAAAUUAAUUCCCUUUGCUCUGAAAUUCAAAACGCCUCAGUUAUUGCUGUGUUCACUUCUAAAAUAAAAUAAUUUUUCUUGGCAUAAGCACACUUUACUUUUCUUAAUGUUUGACUGCACUUUUUCACUUCUUUUGCUUUUUUUCUCGUAUUUUCGCAUCAUUUUUCUCACUUUUUCUUUUUCGUUUUUGCACUUGCACGUUCAGCCUUAUCCUAUUUAAUGACUAUUUCUAUGCUGUAAAGAAGUUGCCAGUAUUUGAUUUAUUACGUAAAUGAUAUAUUUUUAAACGUGGCCGUUUCAUAAGCCUUCAAAAUUGGCUUCCUUGUUCUGUUUUGCUUCAUGUCUCUGAAUUUUGUGUAAAUAUUUUAGAUAAUAAAACAAAUAAAUAUAUGAACUCAAGCCUGACUGUGGGUGUUUCUUUCAGCGUGGUACACACCUGUGGUUGGUUUGUCCUGCAGUCUCGUGAUGUAUUUCUGGUCAUGUGCUCUGGCAUACUAUUCAGCAAGUUGAUGGUAUGUUGAGUCAACUGUUGUAAAUGAUUUUUAUUCAAAUACCCGAAAUUUCGUGCCUUUUCGCGACACCACAACUGGUUUUCCCGCGAAAUGACAUCUGAGAAACGACUGCCGAAACACUACCCAGAACUUGGUAGUGCAACCUCAUCAGUAUGGAAUUUCUGUAGUCGUUUUCCAUUCUAGUGAGGAGGGUCUCAAUGGGGUGGUAGCUAGCUUUGACGGUUGAUGGUUAAAUUUUAGAACUUUUGACGGUUGACGGUUAUUAAGUGGAAUUUAGUCCAAGAGUUUAAGUAAAUGUUAACUUCUGCAUAAAUUACUAUUAAAUGUUGUAUUUUGGAAGUUGUCUUGGAAGCUUGGCCUUUCAAUUGUGAAAUUUUCAAUUAUUUUCAGAUAUAAGCAAGUUGUGUGGUCUUGUUAUAUCUAGAUAGAGUGUUUCGAGAACAUGGGAGCUGGUUUUUCCAGUUUAGAGAUUCUUCAGGAGCCAGAAUCCCUUGAAGAUCAGCUGAAAUAGUGAGAUUUGAGAUAUCUUAAAACAUUUUUACGGUUAAUAUUAAUCUGCAUUUUUAACCGCUGACGGUAAAAAAUAACCUCUUUUGACUGUUGACGGUUACAUUUUAUGCCGUUUGACGGCUAACGGUUAACCCCAUUGACGCCCUCAUACAGUCAUUUCGCGGAGAAACCAGUAGUGGUGUCGCAAAAUUUCGGCUGUUUUCUGAAAUAUAAUGGACCCAUCCCAAAAAAGGUUUGAGAAGUGUUUCUAUCUUGGACUACCAAAUGAUAUAUUUAAUAAAACUUUGGUUUGCUCUUGGCGAAGGUUUAGCUUGUUAUAAUAACACUGGUGCGCGACCUACUAAAGAACGUUAUAAAAUGAAUUUUAAUUACAAUUUGUUCCUCUUUCAGGGUCUUCACUGAUUUGCUCAGUUGUCAUAAAACCAAGCAUUGAACUGAGUUUAAAAGAAAAAAACAGUAAAGAAAAGAAAGACAAGAAUUUAGCAAAGAAUACUGCCAUUAGAGCAGAAACGGAAAGACAUGAGUUCGACAAAAGGCUGAGAAAAGAACAUGGACGAAAUCGGGCCCAGAGGACUCAGAUUAAAGAGAGGAGCUACCAUGCAGGGGAUCUCUAUUUAUGAAACUACAAUUUAUGGGACUGUAUCCAUUGCUUCCUCUUUGUAAACAUCUGGAGAAUCAAAAAUGACGAUUUACAAACAAAGGGAAAUAUAUAAUAGUAAAUUAUGUCAAAAGAUAAUUUAUUUGACGUUACCUCUUCGCGCUCAGUUUCACAGGCUGUGACGCACUCACUUCAUCUACUCCUUUCCCUAGCUACUAGCCUCGCCUCCUUUCAUGUAUUCCAUCCCUUCGUGUCCC